CGAACAGAAUAUAAUUACUUAAUUACAUUGCACACCAUCUUUCAAAAUCUCUUUCUCCUUAGAAUCCUGAAACUCUUCGAACCUUUUGUAUUCAAGGAAGGCCCUUCGAAAGAAACCUAAACUCUUCCAAAGACCCCAGGGUAGUACUCGGCGACCCCAGCAAUCCGAAGAACAUCGUCCGGGAUCCCUGUUCCGCAACACUAACCUUACUCGUUUUUAAUUAACAAACCCUAACCUAACACCGACCACAUGGGCCCCCUUUCCCCUCACAACAGCACCGCAUCCUCACUCCCCCUUUUCCCCUCUCCAACGCACACAACACAAUACACACACGCACCACCUCACCCACGCGGAAGAGGAGAGCUUGAGGAAGGAGACGCCGCCUUGCUGCCAUCUCCGUCGCGCCCAGCCCGCCGCCAUUGUUGAGUCAAACCCGAGAGAGAGGGAGAGAGUGCGACGAUGAGAGAGGAGGAGCCGUCACUAAACCAUCGCUACCGCUGGAGGAGCUUCGCGCUUCGUCGUCGCCGAGGAGGGGAAAGAGGAGCUGCUCCUGUCGCGUCAGUCACUGUCGUGCUUCCUGGUUGCCGACGAGGGAGCCACGAGAACCGUUGCCGUCGCGGAGGAGGGGGACACGCGAGAGGGAGCUGUCACGGUGGUCGCCAUCGUCACUGUUGAGUACCUGUUCAUGCUUUUUCAGAACCGAUGGAAGGAGAGAACCGCAGGUACCGUCAAGUUCCCGAAGAACAAGGUUACUCGCAAGAGUUUUCUUCUGCUGCAGCAGAUUCCAUUCAUUCAGUCUUAUGCUGGAGAUGUCAACCAAGUUACCCACAUUUUUUAUUUUCAUGUUUGUAUGAUCAUAUAUUUGCCGAGAAUUUUAAGAUUAUGAGUAGAGGUAGAGGAAAGGGUAAAAAGCUAAAUGUUAAUCAUGAAGAUGCUGGAAGUGGUGAGGAUGAAAAGCUUCCCACACAAAAGAGAAGAAGAAGGCCACAAAAACCUCUUAAAGAUGAAUUUGAUGACGAAGAAGUUGAAAAAGUAGAGUGCUUACGUGUUUACGUGUUUUGAAAUGUAGCUAAUUUCUUUGGCAUAAUCCGGCCAACCAAUAACACAAGAUCUUCUUUCUAGUGGUG